UACUUUCAAAGCACGAAAGUUCUUCAUUCUACGUGCGUAAAAAUACAUUAAAAAAUAUGCUCCCAAUUCAAUAAAUUUAAAAAAUUACUAAAGAGGAAAGAUGGGUCGACUCUAAGCAAUUGAAUGUGAAACUUCUAGCUUCAAUAGAUUUGUGGCAAAGAACACACAGUUUUCUUCACAAGCAAUUUAUUGGACUGUCAAAAUCGGCUGUCAAAAGCCCAAAACGUUUCGAGUGUACCAACUGCUCAUCAUCAAGGUCCUGAUAAUAAAUUUCCUGAUGGAGAAUACCGUGUGCUUUUUGCGAAGCCUUUUUCCAUUCAGUUGCUUCGCUGAGAAAACAUGGGCCUUAACUCGACUAAUUAACAAUUAAUAUCUCAAACCUCUUGUAUAUGAACUUUAUGCACUUUGCUUUAAUAAGAAAAACACGAUUUAUUUUGAGAUUUAGAUCAAAUAGUGCACAUUAAUGUUUGGACGCCCUGUGGGCUAAACCCACUUAAACUAACACUGAACUAUACUGGGCGUUGAAAUGAGCGGCGUUUUCCUUUAUCGAAAAGCCAUUGGGAGUAUUUGUGUUAACUAAUAUUGAACCGCAGAAUAUGCCAGAGCAGUGAAAAGUUCUGGAUAAAAAUACUCAAACAGGUGCUUUUCACCUACAACAUUUAAGCCCCUUGCCAAGACUGUACCCGAGUGUAAUCAAAUAGUGACGAUAAAUCGAUCAAAAUGCCGUACUAUUCUGAACUGGGAGUUUAUACGCCGAGUAGUAGUUACACGAGUCCCUUACUGAAAGGUCCAUACGCUACUCAUUCAUCGAUCCUCGCCUCGAACAUUUUACCCCCAUCCUCCAAACCGUACACCCGCAGCAACUUCCGCGGUUACAAGCCGCACUUGACGCCCAUCAGCGAGUCGAAUCUAAAUCCGCUCAGAAGGAUCAGUUCGCCCAAGGUUCUGUACCAUUCCUCGCCCAAAGUGAGAGUGCCCAGGCCAGUGAAGAUCAGCACCUCCGAUAUCGAUGCGUCGCUGAGUCGCUUGAACAUCAAGCAUGCCCAGCCUCAAGCCAAACAGCCUCCAAAAAAAGAAUCAUCGUCCGUAGUUGAACACGAAGCCAAGCCUAAUGCUGAGAUAAGGCGAGACCGGCCUACCAUCAGACUGCAAACUAUCCACAAGGAUACGGUCGAGAAGGAGAUUGGCCAGAUCAAGAGCUGGAGGGACAAUUUCCAGCCUGAGGAGCUGGCAGUGGAGGCUAAGCAGAGGAAGAAGACCCCAGGGGAGAUUCUGAAGGAGAAGUUCCUCAUCAGGAGCAAGAGCAAGGAGGCGGUGCCCCAGCUGGAGCCUCCGAAGCUCCAUCGCAGAGUUUCAGUGAAAAAGAGCCCCAGCUUCAAGGACAUUUGCAACGUGAUCACUUCAGAUCAAGUGGUCGAAGACCUCAAUCCGGGCCAGCCGCUGGAGGUGCGUCGUCGACAAAGCAGGCAGUUUUCCCAUGACGACAUUAUAAAGGAAAUUCAGCGAAGCUCCUCAACGUUGAGUGUCGAGGAAGUGCAGAUUUUGGACGCCCUACUACAAGCAGAGAACGAAGUUGGCCUCUACCAAACCCCUCCAGUGCUUGAGGAGGAAGCCAAAGGCGCCAAGAGGCGGAAACCUAAACCCGACAGCAACACAGAUGGAGAGGACGCUUCCAAGAGCCAUCGAAGAUCCACGAAAAAGCUUCUAAAGCAUUCUGCAAGCGCAGAAAGCAUGCCGGAAAGCACAAAGCUACGCAAGGAAAGCUCGCUGAAAAACAUGAUCAAAGACAUUUCGCAGGUGGAGAUUGAAACCAUUAAACAUCCGGUAAAGCCCAGAUCGAUAAUCACCAGCUCCGUGGGCGCAAUCGAUGAAACCCCCACUCCCCAACAGCUGAAGGCCAUCGUCGAAGACCUGGAGGUGGAGGAAAGUCCCAAGCAGGAGAAAAAAGAAAAGAAAUUCCGCUUCAACGUGACCGUGCAGGAGUUUCCGGUGAAGAAGAAAAUCAACGCUCCCAAGUACGAGCUGAAAAAGGACAACUACGGUGUCACGCAAAUUCCCAAAGCCAAAUUGCCUGUGGUGACAAGCAUUUUGAAAAAACGCCAACAAGGACAGGCGGGCAGUGAGGCUGGAAAUGGCAAAGAAAUGAAGAAAAAGCUCCUGAAGAGUAUGUCGGAAGUGCAAGUGCGAUCCAAGCCCGACUUGGUCAAAAAGUCCGGAAGCAAUGAGAAUCUGCACAGCAAUUUUACCGUGAUGGUCAACAAGUCCUUUGGGGACAAUUCGCCGAAAAUUCCCGGCAGCCCUCAGGGCAGCGGAAAGCUGAAAAUCAUCUCCAUCGCAAACGGAGUGGAGAAAACCCACAACAAGGAGCAGGUGCAGGUAAGCAUUCCAACAACCGAAGCCCAAGCGGACCAAGAACCAAUUGCUGAUAAGGAUUUUUUAUUCAAAUCCGCAAAAAAGCGUCUUAGGUCGGACACUUUUUUGUGCAAGAGUGAUUUAGGAAGGAAAGACUUACCGUCUUGGGCUCAAGCGGUUCCGAAGGAACUUGACGACACCAGCAAGGAGACUAUCAGUUUAGAAACCGAAGAAAAGGCGUGUGUUGCUGCGCCUGAGGUAGUUGAGGAUUUAAGUGAAAAAGUUGAUAAAACUCAGCAAGUUGAGGAAGUGACUGAAACUAAGGAGGAGGUGACUGUACCAGAAAGCACAGAACCACCAGCAGUGGAAAACAACAACUUUUGGGACUCUCUCGGCGAGGAGACGUACAAACCUCCAAAACUCAGCAAGCUGAAAAUUGAGCCAAAGGACCCGAGAGCGCUGCUCAACGAGCUGCAAGAAGCCCUCAAAGAGCCAGAGACGCCGGAAGAGCUGGAGCGGCGCAUGGUCUCCAAACGCUCCCUCAUUCAGAAAGCGAACAAAAGCGACCCGGAUUUGAGCAUUUUUGAGCCUCCCACUCCGCCGCCUCCCGAACCCGUCAAAGAACCCUCUCCUGAACCGUCUUUCGUUCCUUUACAGUCCAACCGACUCUCCCAGUGGAUGAAUCCAUGGAAGAAACCCGACCAGAUGGAGGAAUGUCCGGUUGAAAUAUUCGCCAAACCCAAGUUUAUACGGGCGCGCCAUAUUCCGCGUCGAUGGAGGCACGAUAACGGUGAGGACAGUGAUAGUGAGGACAGUACCACUAGUGAGGAGGACUCGUCCAGUGAUGAGGAGAGUGAGGAGGAGGAAGAGGAUGCGGGCGAGUUAACGAAAGUGGGCGCCAGCACCUCGAGCGAUGACUCUGGAUUUGAUUCUGGAAGAGCCAAAACUAAAGAAUGCGACGUGAAUUGUCACAAAAAAUGCCAAAAACUGAUGGCAAAUCUGUGCGGCGUCAAUCAGAAAUUGGUGGUUGAAGCUAUUGAGAAAGUGAGGAAAGGUUCGAUAGACAACCGAGAUUCGCCAGGAAACGCAUUGAAUCCCGCAUCCAAUCCGGCUUUUGCUCUAGAUUUCAACGAUCUGCCUGAAGAAGUGAGCCAGAGCAGCACAUAUCAAGGCUUCCAGAAGAGUGGCCGGAUCACGCCUCCUGCCACCACAAUCCCAAGGUUCCGCAAGUACUGUGUGGAUGACUUCAAUUUCCUCAAAGUGCUGGGCAAGGGCAGCUUUGGCAAGGUGCUUUUGGCUGAACUGAAGGGAACUGAAUACUACUAUGCCAUUAAGUGCCUGAAAAAGGACGUGGUUCUUGAAGAUGACGAUGUAGAAUGCACUUUGAUUGAAAGGAAGGUUCUGGCCCUUGGCACCAAGCAUCCCUACUUAUGUCAUUUGCUGUGCACCUUCCAAACAGAGUCCCAUUUGUUCUUCGUAAUGGAGUACUUAAAUGGUGGAGACCUGAUGUUCCACAUUCAAAACGAACGACGAUUUUCCGAAGCCAGAGCCAGAUUUUACGGUGCAGAAAUCGUCUCCGGGUUGAAGUUCUUGCACAACAAAGGCAUUGUUUACAGGGAUUUGAAGUUGGACAAUAUUUUGCUGGACUUUGAUGGGCACGUGCGGAUUGCGGACUUUGGUAUGUGCAAAUUGCAGAUUUUCCUGGACCGGAUGGCCGACACUUUCUGCGGAACACCCGACUAUAUGGCUCCGGAGAUAAUCAAAGGUCAACACUACAACCAAUGUGUGGAUUGGUGGUCGUUUGGAGUCCUCCUGUACGAAAUGUUGCUGGGACAGUCACCGUUCAGUGGCGGCGAUGAGGAUGAGCUGUUUUGGUCCAUUUGCAACGAGAAACCCGUCAUUCCAAGAUUUUUGAGCGCUGAAGCUGGAUCUGUGCUGAUUCAGUUUUUGGAAAAAGAUGCAAACAAAAGACUUGGACACCGGUUCUCGCCCCAUGGAGAUAUCCAGGAUCAUUCCUUCUUCCAGCCAAUUGAUUGGCACGCAUUGGAAGCCAGACGUUUGGAGCCUCCGUUCAAACCGAACUUGCAACAUCCUCUUGAUACUCAAUACUUUGACAAAACCUUCACGAUUGAGAAGGCGAAGCUGACACCAAUCGAGACGGGCAUUUUGCAAUCGAUGGAUCAAACCCAGUUUCAAGGAUUCAGCUACACCAAUCCGAAUGCAACCGAUAAAUGAGUAGAGUUGAGGAACUCAAGCUGAGGGUUUGAUGAAGGAUGUUUUGUGGCUUCUCUACUCUUAACUGGGUAGGCAAAAGUAUUGGAAUGCUCCCGGAGAUGUAGACUUGCGAAAUGAGCAACUAGUGCCUUGUCAGCUUACCACCUACCUCAUGUGGCUGAUGAAUUAGUAAGAUAUUACGCGGUAAGCGCGAGAUGUAAAUAUAUUAAUUUAUUGGGAGACAGAGGAAUUGUUAGUUUAGUGCCAUGGCCCUGGUAGGGGGGAAAUUUGAGAUAAGAUGGCAGUUAGUGUGUAAGUAGGCUAAUCGGUUUCCAUAUAUUCUAUGGAACAUUCCCAGUCUGAGGUACUGGGGUAAUCAUGUUCCUAUAGCGUAGUAUAAAGUUGUACAAAUAUGUAUUUUUUCUAUAUAAACGUGAUAUGUAUUAAAAGCAUAAUAUACGAAGCAGUCGUAUUUAUUUUAGAGAUUUUCUUGUUGUUGUUGUACAGGUAAAUUGAAAAUACACAUGGCGGUUUUAUCGUUUACGAAAAUAUGUGUUUAGAAUAAUUUUUAUUUAUUUUACUUUAGAUGUGUAUUUUUCUCUGUGAUUGUUUGUAGUCAUUAAUAAAUGGAAAUAUUUAUCUGCGGCCCCAAACAUAUUCAAUGUUUACGGGCAAUAUGAUAGAUGAUGCGUAUAUUUUAAUACACAAAAAAUCAACCGAACUUCGCGUUCUAUAAAGAGAAAUAUAUUGAAUAUAUAAAA